AUGGACCAUCACCUCCUCCAGAUUGAGUUGGAUAGGGCCGCAAGAUGGCUGAAGGAGGAUGAACCUUUCACCACUAUGCCAAUGGAAAGGAGGAUGUAUCUACAGACUCUAACCAAACUCCAGGUAGAGUUGCAGACCGAGCUUGGCCGUCAAACUCACAAUGCUAUAGGACGUAGUAUUAAGAGCGCACUGACAAGCGAUCGACUUUCGAAGAAGCUGCGUUAUUUACAAAACCUCAACAAUGCCAUGGACUCUCUCGGUCUAUCGACUUUAUCCGCAAGACUCAAAGAUUCUAAGGCGGCACUAAAUCGUUUGGAGGGGAAGGUUGACAAAAUCAUCCAAAAAAUGAUCCAUGAUUCGCGAUUCGAACAGGAAAGUUACAGAAGCGACAGUCACACAUCGGACGGUUCGUGGCAGGAGUCUGACGACGACAACAUUGUGCAAAAGGUUUCAGCACUAUCAAUUAAGGGACUUGAUUUUCUGGCCGAUUUCCUCGAAUGUCAAGACUACUUAGAGCUUUCUAAUCGACUGAGGGUUUGGGGUCUUGGCGUCGUCGAUGGCCCCUUUGCAAUCGACACAUUGGAGGCUGUAUGGGAGGGGUACAAAGACUUUGACUCCAGUAUCUACUCUUUCUCUUAUCCUCUGCAGAAAAUAUUCCGUAUUUUUACUGUCCUGUUUAUUAGGAUUUUGUUCAACAUCGAAUAUAUCAUCACACGUCUCGCACCGAAUGGAAACGAGGCAUUGCUGUUCUUAAAAGAAUCGGAGCAGAUUGUGCACUUGGCAACAUCGCGAAAGUUCAGCCCGACGAUGAAUUAUGUACCUAGUGCUUCCGAUGGUAGUGAUAUUGCAAGGGAGAUAUAUCUCUGUACCGCAAGCAUACACAACGACAUAGAGACUCUUUUUGAACGACUGCCAGCACUUCGGUCUAUCAGAGAGACCUUUUCAACGGUCGGAGUGCGGGGCAGACGAUCAGCCCGCAGAUCAGGAGGCCUUGAACGUAGUCUAGCUGAGGAGACCGUCGAGGUGGCCCAAGCCCUUACCGAUCUCUUGUGUGAGAAAGCGAAGGAGGGACCCAAGAAAGAGAAGAACAUAGUCGAGCAUAUCUCCCUCCUAUUCAAGGAAGAAACGCAACGACUAGCAGAAUGGACAAAGUCACAGCCUGCCACAACAAAUCAGAUUACUGCCGAACUAUCAGAGCUCAGGGAUUCUUUAACCAAACAGGUCAAAGAGUUUGAUAGGACAGAGCAUGACAGGCCAGGCAAUGGUCUCUCAUCCACUUUGAAUGAUUUUCAGACCAGUCUAGAUCUGUUAUUGACACUCUCAAAAGUGCCGGAUAAUAGGAAGGGUAAGGGUAGAAUGAACUCAGAUUCUGAGGACCAGAAUAUAGCAACAAUAAGUCUAUAG